UUGCGGGCCAGGACCUCUUUGUUACUGUGAAGAGAACUUGGACCGGAGAUUCGGUAACUGCUGCGUCAAGGACCGCGGCAGCGGGUCGUGGCAGAGCGACUCGCGCAAGGAGAUCGGCAUCGAACGGAACGAGGAGCCGCAGAUCAGAAGCUGCAACGAGGAACGGCUCGACAGGGGAGCCGCAGCGGUGGCGGGGGACCUGGCGUGCCUCGCGGGCUACAUGGCGGGCUACCUGAAGGCGGCGGGGGCGACUUGCGGCCCCACCGGAAGCCCCCAGUAUCACCCCCACGGCCACCCCGGCAUGGCCGGUCACCCACACCCAGGCGCUCCCCACCCCUUCGCCCUCGCCCCUCACCCACACCCUCACCCUCUGGACCACGGGCUCGCCGCGGCCUUUCCUCAAGGUAUGAACCAGCGCAAGCAGCGUCGGGAAAGGACAACGUUCACUAGAGCACAGCUUGACGUUUUGGAAGGCUUGUUCUCCAAGACGAGAUAUCCGGACAUAUUUAUGCGCGAAGAAGUCGCUCUCAAGAUCAACCUUCCAGAGUCCAGAGUACAGGUGUGGUUCAAGAACCGUAGAGCAAAGUGCAGGCAGCAGCUGCAACAGCAACAGCAAACAUCGCCGCCGAAGGGUUCGCCGAGAAAUCCGCAGCAGUCAGCCGCGUCGCAGAACGCUGGUAGCAAGCUGUCGUCUUCAGCGUCGGCGUCGAGUCGCCGAUCGUCGCCAGGGUCGCCACCCCGCGGCAAAGAGCCACCAGCCUCGAAUUCCCCGCUGCUUACAAACACUUCGUCGUAUCCAAGGCUGGGGGCGACACCGACGGGAGGCAGCGGCGCCAGCAGCGCCCUCACGACACCAUCGCCUCCGUUGACGCCCGGCUCCAGCCAGCUACCACCGUCCUCCUACCCGCCACCGAUGAACCAAAUCCACCACGGAGACUACGGCUUCCCCUGGAGCUCCGCGUCGCCGGGGUCCGUCAACCCAGGACAGUGCUACGCUGGGCAGACGGCCUACAACGGUUACCAGAACACCUACGUGCCCUCGGAGUACUACCACCAGACCCAGAUAUCCCAGAUAUCGCAGAUGCACCACAGUCCGCAGUCCAAUUUCCACCACCACCCCCAGUACCACCACAACAUGUCGCUGGCCUCGGGGCCCAUGUCCCACAUCGGGGGUGCAGGGGCCCACCUGAACCCAGUCCCAGGUGGCACCGAACUCCACGGCAUACCGACGUCCUCCGACUACAUUUUACCGGACCAAAAGUACCAGGCAAUGGUUUAGCCCCGCGCCGAUCGCCAGUCCAGCCUCUUUUACGACACGCACCGCAAUCGUACGGCUCCUGAUGCUAACUGCGACCAUGCUUCUAGGAUUAAUUACACCGACGAACUCGACGCGGAGAUUAUCGACCAUGACAACUGAACAUU